AUGGAGCUGGGGGGGCGGGGGGAGGAGAGGGGGCGACUCGGGGGUCCCCCCUCCCUCCUCCACCCCUCCUAUCCUCCCCCCACCCCGCAGAGCCUCUGGCCCCCUGGAGCCCGGGGCGACUGGCGGGAGGGCAGGCGAAGGGCUGCAGGGGAGGGAGGGAGGGAGCCGGCCGGGCCGGGCCGCGGAGCUGGAGCGGGCGGCGGCGGCGGCGGCGGCGGGAGGAGGCGGGAGGAGGGCGGGCGGCGGGGGGGGGCGAGGAGGCGGAGACUCUACAUGGGAAUCGGAUUCCGGCUACAAAUUCAAUUCAUCACCAGAAAACACCGCUUGGGCGGGGGCCGGGUCAGGCCGGCGGGGAGGCCACAGGCGGAGGCUCUGGGUCCCUGGGCGCGACUCGCGCGGGGCGGGGGUCUGCGGCCUCGUCUGCAGGGCCGAACCGCGCCUAAGGGACCCUGCCGCCGUCUCCCCGCCCCCUCCUUCCUCCCUCGUGGGGCUGUAGCUGAUCGGUUUUCGCCGCCGCCGCGGGGCUUGUUGUUGACUUUGAGGAAAACUCCUGACGUCAGGGGCUGGCUCUCGGCGACUGGCGGGAAAGGCUUCCCCGCGUCCCCGGGCCUGCCCGCCGCCUCCCUACCCGGCCCUAGUCCUCAGGCUUCCCCGUGCCCCCCAAACCCGCGGCGCCCGACGCCCCCUCUCCUCUCGCGAGAACAUCCCCCCAGCCAGCCAGCGCCGGGAGCGGGGGCAGUCAUUCCUGAGCGGGAAGUUCUGGGUUUCCCGUCGCCCGCGUGGCUCUCGGUGGACACCCGAGGCCUCGCUGUAGAAGGUCCCCUGGUGGAGGCGUCCUCUGCAUGCCCACCCGCCUUGGCUAGGGCUCCCGCAUCCAUGCCUAAGCAUCUCUGCGGCUCCCCAGGGCGAGUGGGCCGGGUGCCAGGCCACACCUGGAAGCCCCCUGGUGGGCGGGGCCCGCUGGGGGUAAAGGGCUCCACCCCCAGUAGUGUGGAGUGCGCAGGGCCUCGGAGCCUGGAAACAAGCCCCUCCCAGCGCAGCUGUCGCUGCCGCCUGCGGGCUCCUUUCACUUUCUCACGGCCAAGUCACCCAGAGGGGCGCCGCUGCCGCCACCGCCACUGCGCCCGAGGACUCCGCCCCGUGCCGAUUUGCUACCGGCCCCCGCCCGCCAGAGCCCCGCCCACCACAAUACUCUUUGCCUGUGAUUGGCACGAGCGGGCGGCAGCUCUGGCUCGCCUCUCCCAUUGGCUAGAAUACCCUGUCAGUCCAACUCUUGCCCACCGCCCCCUCCGCCCUCCUGAAAAGCCGUCCUCCUAUUGGGAGAGUCUGCGGGCUGGGGGCGGGCGGGGAGCGCCAGUCCUGCGGCUUUCGGUCAAUCGCAGACGCCCAUCGCAGGAGGGAGGGAGGCGGGGGAGGAGAGGGGCGGGCUAG